CGCCUCUCCUUUCUGAGAGUGUGAGAGUGUGCCUACCUGCGGUACCGUCCGGUCCGGUACCACUCCCACCCUGGGAGUAUUUAUAAUGGGGUUUUGUAAAUCCUCUCAUCCACAAAGGUUAAAUCCCUAAUUACCGUACUACACAGUGUAGUACCGGUACAUUGUGCGUGGUACAGACUUAUGAGUUCUAAUAAGACAGCGCAUUCAGCUUGCACCAUUGCUCUUCGAACGACGAGAACGUGAGAACCCCUCCACAACCAUACCGGUACAACAAGACAAGUUACAAUGUCACAAUAAUAAGCACAGAGAAGAGGCCGAGAUCCCACCCUUGGCUACGGUAUGGCUAGAGUGGCUAGCUAGACAGAGCCAGCGACAACAAGUGGCGAGCUUUCCCAACCAUGGAGGCAGUCAUGGAGUCAACUUCAUUAAACGGGAGCCAUCUAAUUCCUCUGAUAGUCUUAGGAUCCAUCACAAGCACACUUUCGCUGCUUGGAUCUCUUGGCAUUGUGUUCAUUGCCCGCAAGGAAUUGGCACACAGCUUUAUGAAUAGACUGCUAUUCUCUCUAAGCCUUGCUGAUGCUUUGGCGUCAAUUUCCCUUUUGCUCUCUCCCUAUAUGGUACCUUCGUACAUGAAUGUUCCUGGGGCCAGUGGGAAUCAUGCAAGUUGCACUGCCAUUGGGUUUGUCUUCAUGACUGGUUUGAUCGCCACUUCCUGCUACAAUGGAUUUUUGGGAGUCUUCUACUACUUGACAGUGGUUCGAAACUGGAGAGAACGUGAUUUUACCAGGCACAUCGAAAUGGUGAUGCACUCAGUUGCUGUUCUGAUUCCAAUAUCCAUCAAUAUUGCAGCGGCGGCCACAGAAUCCAUUAAUCCAACCCCUUUCUACAGCAAUAUAUGUAUCUAUGCUCCAAUUCCAUGGGGAUGCGAAGAUAACAAUGAAGUGGAAUGUGUUCGGUCAUCCCCACUGGCUGCCAUGAGUCUUAUUCGGACAGUCAUACCCUUUCAAGGCUUCUUUGCAAUUUUGGGAUUCGUUUGUACCAUUCUGGUCUGGUGGUCAGUCCGGCAAACAAUCAGACGAAGCAGUUCCUAUCAUUUCACUGGAGCAGAAUCAAAUGAUAGCAAUGCCCGACGGUUGGAACAAGUUCGUAUCCAAGCAACACUCUAUUGCCUUGUUUAUUGGAAUACGUUUAUCUGGCCAUUUAUUGGCUUGGUUUUGGCAAGCCUUCACAACACAAGAGAAAGUCUUGCAAUGCAAACUCAGCCUGGGCCCUAUGCUCUGCAGGUCUUGACAUGGAUCUUCCUUCCAUUACAGGGUGCUCUUAAUUUUUUCGUUUACACCCGGACCAAAGCACAAGAAUGGAGAAAGGCAGCACCCCAGCAAUCAUGGAUUUGGAUUUACAGGCAAGUCCUAUCUUCAACUGAGUUACCACGGAAGGCCAGUACCACACGAAGUUUUGUCCUUCAGAGCAACAACCCUACCACAACAAAGAACACUACUGCUGCUGAGCAGAAUCUUAACAACCCUCCCUCAAAGGCUGAUGAUGAGAUCCUAGGAUAUCCUUCUGUUGACGAUUGUGAUGAAUUUGCUUGCGAAAAUCAUGAAGCAGAGUGAAACUGAAAGCAUCUGAGUAUGGCUGACACCUCGUGGACAAAGCAAUAGAAUGCAAACCACCGAAAAGAAUGUAUAUCAUUUGCCUGGUUGAGAGUCCUGGCAUCUUGGAUUGAAUGCUUCAAGCAAUUUGGGUUCUUCGUGGAACAGCUAACGAAGGUACUUGGGCACUGCAUGCGACGGGAUACAGCUUACAAUUCAGCUUUACAGCUUUACAAUUGGCAGGCUUAUUCUAGAAAAUAAUCAAUAACUGCUCACUUAUUUGG